GCAUCCACAUCCAUCUCCAACACUCUUCCGCUGCUCGUCAACCAUGGGAGGACUCUACUAUGGCGCUGGGGGCGCUGGCUCGGCCCUCACGGUCAUUGGACUUUAUAUGCUCUUCCAAGGCGAAGGAGAGGCCUUCAACGUCGGCGCCUUUCUCGAAUCCAUAUCACCCUACGCCUGGGCUUCGACCGGCAUCGCCCUCUGCAUAGGACUGUCUGUGGUGGGAGCAGCAUGGGGCAUCUUCAUUACAGGCUCGUCCAUCCUUGGAGGAGGUGUCAAGGCACCACGAAUCCGGACCAAGAACUUGAUCUCCAUCAUCUUCUGUGAAGUCGUGGCCAUCUACGGCGUCAUCAUGAGCAUUGUCUUCUCCGCCAAGAUGGAGAAUGUAUCGGGGCCAGGGAUAUACUCUGCGGGAAACUAUUUCACCGGUUAUGCUCUCUUCUGGUCCGGACUCCUGGUCGGCGCGUGCAACUUGAUCUGCGGCGUCUCUGUCGGUAUCAACGGGUCUAGUGCUGCCUUGUCUGACGCGGCUGAUCCAAGUUUAUUCGUCAAGGUUCUCGUUAUUGAGAUCUUCUCUUCAGUGCUCGGCUUGUUUGGACUCAUCAUUGGACUGCUUCUGAGCGGGAAUGCCGAUCCAUUCCAAGCGCCCGGCAAAUAGAUAAUCUCCUGGAUGUUGCGGAAUCGACGCCUUGUAUCCAGACCUACCACGGGCCUCCACCUUGCUUGUCGCAACGCCGAUCUAUGGAUGGAUUGGGCAGCUACGAGCCGCGGGAAAAUGCAUUUGCGGGCGAACAGGAAACAGCAUGGCACAGGCAAGCCUCAAGUGGUAUACCGGCGACAGUAAGGCUAUGUAUGUAUGUAUUGUGACAAUACUUUGAGGGCAUCUACGCCCGCACCUUCAC